AUGUUGGCUGCAAGUCUCGGUGAUACAGCCUUGGCCCUGUACCCGAUCAGACACAGCUCUACAACCCAAGAACUUGUCGAGCCACUUGCGGAAACUGUACCGAUCCCGCCAGGCGCUAAAGGACGAAUCUGGUCAUGCGAGUUUCUGUCCAAGGAUAGGGUAGCUGUUGGACUGGGUCCGUCCAACGAGCCUAUUCACAUUUACGAUGUCACACCUAAUGGCUUCUUGUCUCAACCUCUUCGCACCUUCAACUUGGAGUCCAAGUCUUGGGUGGAAUCGCAACCGGAUAACAAUGCAUCACGCAACACAUCUGUCUACCCCAUACUACCAGUCCAUGGUACGGCGCAGUGCGGCUCCGAUGCGGGCAAUGUAUUCCUCUCUGGAGGCUAUGACGGCAUUACUCGGCUGCACGACGUGCGCUCGCCGCGUAGCUUCGAGACCAUGUUCUGGGACCCAACGAACGACUCUUCCGUUUACUCACUUGCCAUGCAAGGCCUUGAGCGGAUCGUAGUUGGUGUUUCGAUGCACAGCAUGAUCAAAGUCUUCGACUUGCGGCUGGCAGGAUCACAUGCGUACCAGUCUUUCUCUCUAUCGUCGAAGCCAAAGCCAAAGCCAAAGACGCAAGCUCCGAAUCAUGACUACUACAACGCGAUCGUCAGGAAUGCGAAAGAUCCCUCAAGUACGGUCUCUGGUGGUUGGAACUUGUAUCUCAAUCCACGUAUUCGUCCAAGGCGCGAUGCUUACCGAGAAGACUACUCGCGGGGCGGACAAGACUCGCCAGUCUACACUUCCGGCACGGUCGACAUCCAGUCCUCGUACGAUCCACGAGGUGAUGCACUUAACCUGGGUAUGUACGAGCAGGGCACGGAAGAAGGACUAGGAACGAGGGUGAUCGCUGGGCAAGAGGGGAAUUACCGCCGCAAAUCCAAGCUCAAGGUCAAAAUCAAGGACGCGGUCGUGGACGUGGGCAUAAUCGCGGCCGCGGAAGAGGUGGUAGAGGGAGAGGUCGUGGCACUGGUGGUCCACGAGGUGGAAGCACAUAGUCCAACGCAGGAUAUCCGACUCAAUUGCCUUUGUUAUCCAGCUCCCAGCGUCAUCGAAGAGGAACCGAAGAUGCUUGUGGCUUUUGACUGA